AUGAAUGAUGCGUCCAAUGGGGUGGCAGCAUGCACGUACUCGACCCAGCAGAUCUUCCCGGACGGCAGCUUCGUCGCGAUCGGCGGCCGCCGCCAAUACAGCUACGAAUACGUGCUGCCCAAAGGCCAAUCCAAGCCCACCAACUACAAGCUAUCGAUCCCCUUCCUCAAAGAGACCACGGAAGAGAGGGAAUACAGCAACCGACAGAACUCAACAAUCUGGGACAAUGGCGACAACCUUGCACUCUUGCUCGAUAAGGUCUCAUGUUCUGCGAUACAAACAAACAAAGAGUUUCUGUUUGGAAGUAUAGAAAUGCAAAUAAAACUGGUUCCAGGGAAUUCAGCUGGCACUGUUAUUGCAUACUAUAUGCCAUCAACCGGAAGCAAGCAUGAUGAGAUAGACUUCGAGUUCCUGCGAAAUUUAUCUGGACAACCUUACAUCAUUCACACAAAUAUUUUCACCCAAGGUGUAGGAAAUAGGGAGCAGCAAUUCUACCCUUGGUUCAACCCGACUUCUGAUUUCCACAACUACACCAUAUAUUGGAACCCAAGUCAGAUUGUGUGGUUUGCUGAUGGGCUUCCAAUCCGAGAUUUCAGAAAUUAUGAAAGAUUUGGGAUUCCAUUAGCGAGCAAGCAAUCAAUGAGAGGCUACUCAAGCCUAUGGAAUGCUGAUGAUUGGGCAACUAGAGGUGGCCUGAUAAAGAUUGACUGGAAAAAUGCACCAUUUAUAGCUAGAUACCACCAGCUCAGUCUGAGAACUUGCACAUGGACUGGACCGGCCAGACAGCAUCAGCCAACGUGCUCAAACUACCCCCAUGCUAACUGGUGGGCUUCACCUUUAUACGGUAAGCUGAAUGAUGUGCAGAAAGUUCAGCUGAACUGGGUCAGAGAAAACUUCAUGAUCUAUGACUACUGCAAAGAUACCAAGAGAUUCAAUGGACAAUUCCAACCUGAGUGUAAGAGAUAA